CUUCCCAUCGCUCUUUUGUCCUGUUCCGCAGUAUAAACUGGUGGGCAUCAUUCCCUCGUUUCGUCUCUCCCCUGUAGUUUACAAUCAUACAAUAAACACCUCAUAUAGACCAUAGACAUGGCCUGGUACAGCCAGACCAUCGAGACCCUGUCCGAUUCGUUGGGCAACACCCGAACCCAGCUUCCCCUGCUGGCCGUGACCGGGGCCUCCUUCACUCUGGGCCUCUUAUUCCGCUCACUACUUUCGGACCCACAGCUGGAGACAACGGUACUUGAUUCCCCGCGCAAGAAUAUCCUGUCCGUGUCCGAUGCAGUGAGCCGCGAGCAUCCUCUGCCGACGGACGUCCUCCCGGGAGCCCGGGACGUCUCAACUCCGUAUGGCUCUAUGCGCGUAUACGAAUGGGGGCCGGAGGACGGACCUAAGAUCCUUUUGGUUCACGGGAUUACAACUCCCUGUAUCGCACUGGGCGGAUUGGCCCAUGCCUUGGCUGACCGGGGCUGUAGAGUCAUGUUGUUCGACCUGUUCGGCAGAGGCUACUCUGACUGCCCAUCCGACAUUCCCCAAGACGACAGACUGUUUACGACUCAGAUCCUGCUUGCUUUGAGCUCAUCUGCUCUUUCGUGGACUGGAGCCGGUUCAGAUCGUUUCUGCCUGGUGGGCUACUCCCUAGGCGGUGGUAUAGCUGCCUCGUUCGCAUCAUACUUCCCUCAGUUACUCUCUUCGCUAGUACUGCUUGCACCAGCAGGCUUGAUCCGUGACUCCCAGAUCAGCUUUCAGUCGCGGCUUCUCUAUUCUCGUGGCCUCGUUCCAGAACGUGUGCUCGGCUUCCUGGUUGGACGUCGUCUCCGCGCCGGUCCGCUGACUAGUCCGAAGCCCAAGUCUAAGACGAUCAGUGCCGAGGAUGCGCUCGCCGAGGAAUUACCCACACAGGGUGCGGCUGAAGUCCAACGGUUGUCCCGGACAUACCCCCACGUCAAUGUUCCUAAUGCUGUGAAAUGGCAAGUAGGUGAACAUGCUGGCUUCGUGCAUGCUUUCAUGUCCAGUAUGCGACAUGGACCGAUCCUGCAGCAGCGGCAACGGGAUACCUGGGAACGUCUUGGACGAUACCUCUCCGGACAGAAGGACCUUUCGCUCGACGAACAGCGUACGAAUGGUCUGCCGAGUGACAAGGUUCUUAUCAUGUGUGGGAACAACGAUGCCGUCAUCAUCAAAGACGAGGUUGUCCCUGAUGCCACAGCAGCACUCCAAGGACAUGCAAGCUUCCGAUUCUUUGAUGCGGGCCAUGAAUUUCCGAGUACCAAAUACGAGGAAGUGGCACAAUACGUGAUGGAAUUUCUGGCUUGAUGGACUGACAUAGAGAUAUACGUCUUUUUCUUUUCUAAUCUUGCGACAUUUUACUACACCUGUUUUGUGGCAUUUAACUGAUUAUAUACGGGCUGGGUGGACUUUUGUUUACGAAUUUUCGCUUUACUGGGUUGACGCUUCUUAUUUUUAUAAGGAGCUCUGUUGGUCCAGGUUAUUACAGUAUAGAUCACUUGAUAGACUACUCAGUUAUAGUUACUGACAUGAAAGGACUGACUAGCACCUAUCCAUGGAUUUUAGUCGAGUUGGUAAGUCGUGAGAUGCUUAGAGUAUUAAUU